CGCGUGAAUAUAAACGAGUUAUUUGUCUCGACAAAAUUUACUUAAUUCGCAAAUCAAAAACCGAUUGCAGUUCGAAAACAAAUCAGCUGGAGCUGGACUAACAGGUUCUUCAGUGAGAGAAGCCAUCAAAGUUGCCUAUACAUCUGCUACUGUAAGAUACAUCGGAAUAGCAUUGUUUAUAACAAUAUUCUGCUUGAAGUAAACAAUUUAUUCAGAUUUCUUCGAUACGAGCAGGACGACACAUUACAUUUACAGCAAUCAAUCAUUUACCAUGGCCAAUUGGAGGUGGCGGUUCGUCGUAGUUUUAUGCGUAGUGUUUUGUAGUGUAUCAGUUUUUGGCCAAUUGGACGAAGGUGACACAUGUGAAACCAGAGCUGGCAAAGAUGGCAUUUGCAAAUACAUAACUCAAUGUCGGUCUGCUUUAGAUGAUCUAAACAAAGGGAUAUUUCCCUCAGAUAUAUGCGGUUACAAUGGAACCCAGUCGAUAAUAUGUUGCGUAGGAAGGAAUCAAGCACCUGCACCAACACGACCUACUAGACCUGUAAAACCAAGACCUAAGCCAACAGUUGGAACUGUACCUAGACCAGGAUUUUCGAAUGUAGGAUCAGCUCCUGGAGAUAGAGCUGCAGCAAUGUGUAAGGAGUACGCACAAUAUGCAUACGAAACAAUAUAUUCCCCUGCUUUGUCGUUGGGUUCAACUUUUGCCAAAACUUUGGAAUGUCCUAUCAAAACGCAAACACUGAUUGUCGGAGGAACAUUGGCAGGUCGAAGAGAAUUUCCGCAUAUGGUACAAAUUGGUUAUAUCACUGGAAGUGAAACAACAUGGGACUGUGGUGGAACACUUAUUAGUCCGACAUUUAUACUAACAGCUGGUCACUGUUUGACAAGUAAUUCGAGGGGCGACGCAAAAUUGGCAAGAGGUGGAAUAUCAAACCAAACUGACAUUACACAUUUACAAACAAGAAACAUCAUUGAAAGGAUUAAAUAUCCGCAAUAUAAUUUUCAAAAAUACCAUGAUAUUGGUCUUCUUAAGUUAAGUAAAGCAUUUGCCCUCGAUACUUACCUUCGACCCGCGUGUUUGUACACUGAAAAAUCUAUUCCUUACACUACAGCUGUGGCUUCUGGUUGGGGUAAAACUGACUUCGCUGUCGAUGAAGGUAGUCAAGAUUUAUUAAAGGUUACUUUGGAAUUCUUUACUACAGCUCAAUGUAAUAAGACAUAUAGACGAAUGAUUAACGAUAACUCAGAAUUACCAAUGGGUAUUGUUGAAGAUAUAAUGAUAUGCUAUGGUUCUACAAAAGAUCGAAAGGAUACAUGCCAAGGUGAUUCUGGAGGUCCUCUACAACUGAUACAUCCCGAAACACAAGAAACGAAAUGUAUGUACGAUAUUAUAGGAAUCACUUCGUUUGGAGUUGCCUGCGGGUUAGCCAAGAACCUUCCUGGAGUAUAUACAAGGGUGUCCAAUUAUGUCGAAUGGAUAGAAAAUACUGUGUGGCCCAGAUAAAGAAAAUAUAUAUAAUAAAUUUUUACCGAACAGAAAACUGUAUAUAUGUUUUACGAAAAACUUAUUUGUGAUAAAUAUAGGAGUUAGUUAUAAAAAAUAAAAAUAUUAAAAUAUAAAUAGUA